GUUAUGGCGUUCCCCCGCUUAGGGGUUCACGACAUGGGCGAAUCCCUUUCACCCCAGGCACGCAAGGGGGCCGCCGUUUUGUAUCGCUAUUGCGUGCAUUGUUUGGGGGGCUCGGUUGGGUGCCUUUACGACAGGAAACAUGCAUUGGACGGGGUGUUUGAACAGGUCUUCGCUUUUUACAGGUACCGGAUUUUAUCAUCUUCAAUCUUGGUUGUCAUUCUGGAGCAGGUCACUAGGGGGGGCCUGGCCGCUGCGGGGUAUGCCCGGACGGUUGAGUUAUUAUGGGGGUCUAUGGCUGAAGCAAUACCCACCGGUUACCUUGAUUUUGGGAGUUGGUUGUCAUGUUUUCGGCUGCGGCUCAGCAACAGCCACGGGCUGGCGGCUGUACGUGGUGGUCUGAUAGUCUAACAGGCGAGCGGCCGUGAUGCAGCCGUGGGAGUUAGGGAAGAUAAAAGGAAUCCACACAGAAUCUAUGUCAGGUACUGUUACUCAUUAAUGCUUGG